AUGUUGUUAUUAAAAUUAAAUAAAAUAUAUUUAUUUAUUAAUUAUUUAAUUAUUCAAUUUUUGUUUUUUGUUUCAUCAGAUAUAAAUACUCCUCCAGAAUUGGAAUGUUUGGUAAAUGGAAUGAGACUUCAUUUUAUUCCAGAAGGAGGGGAAGGAGAAUCUUCUUCUUCAUUACCUUUUAGUGGACAUGUUUAUUUAAGAGGAUUUUUCUUUUCAAGUCAUUGCCAUGUUGAUUAUAGUAAACAACCAAUUAAUCAACCUUUCUAUUUACAUAUUCCAUAUAAAAGUGAUUGCCAAAUUAAAAGAGAAAGAAAAUUAUUAUUAAAUAAUACUCGAGAGAGAGAAGAAGUAGAAAAUAAUUCUGGAAUUACUUAUAGUACUGUUGUAAUUGUUCAACAUCACCAUCUUUUUGUAACUAAUCGAGACAGAGCAUAUAGUGUUACUUGUUUUUAUAGAGAUUUAUUUAGAGAACUUGAAAGGAAAUUAGAUAUAAAUGAUAUUUCCUCUUCAAAAAUUUCUUCUCAAGCAGACGCCCCUUUAUGUCAAUAUGAAGUACUUAGAUUAUUAAAUGGAAGUAAUGAAUCUUUAAAUAAAGAAGAAUCUGUUCGGUUUGCAAAUAUUGGAGAACAAUUAACACAUAAAUGGAGUUGUGAAAGUGAAGAAUUAGGUAUGUUAGUCCAUUCCUGUACUGUUAGAGACGGAAAUGGACAUAGUUUUCAAUUAAUAGACCAACGUGGUUGUGUAACAGAUAAUUCAUUAAUGCCCCCAUUAAUUUAUUCUUCUCAAUUAAAUUCUUCUUUUACUUUAAUUAAUGCUUUUAAAUUUGCUGAUCAAAUGUCUAUAUUCUUUCGUUGCCAAAUAACUUUGUGUGAUAAAAGGCAAAAUGGAUGUGAAGGAAUUACUCCUCCUUCUUGUCAAUUUAUUCCUUUACCUUCAAAUGGAGGCCCUCCUCUUCCAAUUAUUCAAUCUUCUCGUGAUACUCAACAAAACCAAAAUAUUUUAAUUAAAUAUAAAAAUCAACAAAAUAGAGAAAAUAACAAAAUAUUACCAUUAAUUAAAUGUUGUAAAUUAAAUGAAGAAAAUGGGUUAUGGAUUCCUUUAAUUAAUAUUGGAAAUGGAAGGAAAGAAAGGAAUAAAAGAAAUUUAGAAACUGAAAAUAAAAGCGAAAAUAAUAAACAGAAAAUUGGUUGGUUUUGAGGGGAUAAAACAAGAAUAUUAAGGAUAACUAAAACAUCAAAAGCUAAGGGACUCAAAAUAUUUUGUGGGC